AUGCUUCCCAUUCCACAGCACGUUGCACCCCAAGCGCCACCACCGCCCACGACCACCUAUCUACGCACUGACUUUACGACGGGGCGGCGUCCUACUACAUCCGUCACCACCACGAACACCCAGAAGUCCCACGAACUGGGCGAUGGCAUCCGGACCAACUUCACCACCAACCGCCAGAAUCCGAACCCUGUCGCGAGGUUCAUGAAGGAAAACGCACCGGACAACUCCUUGUCCAACUCCCUGUCGGCUCCAACAGACUACGCCAAUGUGGAACCCACGGCGAUGCCGUUCAUCUCGAGUACAGACCCGCCACCGGAGGACACUCGACCGGACCCGACCAAGGGCUUUCGAGGCAACGGCACCAACCUUAAACUGUCGGUCAGGUACAUGAUCAUCGGUGCCGUUGUCGGUAUCGCGUUGGGUGUCGUGUUCGCCCACGUCGGCGUGUCAGACAUCGCGGCGCAGUGGAUCUCUCUACCGGGUGAUCUGUUCCUUCGCGCGGUUAAUGCUCUUGUGGUGCCCUACGUAUUCUGCUCGGUAGCCGUAGCUGUGGGUGAUAUUGUAUUUGUGGGCAAAGUUUCGAUCGUCGGCCUACAGACGCUCAAGAUCUUUGCGACCGGGUGGGUCGUCUCGACGGCUUUGGGUAUCAGCGUAGCCUUCGUCUUUCGUCCGCUUUUUCGACUGAAAACCAAAUAUGCUAGUCCAGACGCUAAUGCUGUGGGGCUGACGUGUCCGAACGGCUUAAUGCUAGAGAUGUUAAGCAACAGCAGCAUCACGUGCUCUUCGAACGCCUCCGAAUUGUCACUAGAAAACGCCUUCGUUCUUGACGACGUGAACGAAGUCUUUGAGACGAACAGCGACGCAGUCAUCACCGAUCUAACGCUGAGCAAGCAGCUCAUCUCGACGCUGCAUUCCGUGGUACCGGACAACAUCUUCUCCUCUCUAGCUGACGGAGAUCUACUGGCGAUCAUCACCUUUGCCAUGGUACUAGGCUCGAUUGCAGGCCGCAGCUACUUCUCCAAGACCCGACACGUGAACUAUCUGUACCUGGUGCUUCUGCAGCUACGUAACACGUUCUUCCUGGCCAUGGAGUGGGUUAUCUGGAUCACACCCGUAGCCGUCGUAUCCACCAUCGCCGGUGCUUUUGCGUCCAACCAAGACGCUGUGAGCCAACUCCCCAAAGUCUACAUGUUCCUAGUGGCGUGCAUCUCUGCCACCGUAUUGCAGAUCUUGGUCGUGUACCCAUUCGUCAUCUUCCUGCUCGCACGUUGCAACCCGUACGCGCACAUGCACCACAUGAUCCGGUCGUAUCUGUUUGCAUUCGGCUCUUCGUCGUCGUUGGCCACGGCUCCCGUGACACUCAGCUGCGUCCAAAAGGCGCGUGUGUGCUCCCAGUCGAUCGCCACGUUCGUCGUCUCUAUCGGCGUCGUCACAAACAUGUCUGGGUCUGGGUGGUACUAUCCUAUCGGUAUCAUCUUCUUGGCCGAGUCGUCCGGCAACGGCGACGAACUCACGUUCCUACGUCUUGUAGCCAUUUUCUUCCUCACGAUCGUCGCAUGUGCCGGUACGCCGCCUGUUCCGAACGGUGGAAUGGUGCUCAUGUCCACCAUGUACCGGACCGUCUUCGGAGUCAGCACACUGCCGUCGACGUGGGCUCUGUACGUCGCCAUGGAUUUCUUCGCGGACCGCCUGUCGACCAUCUGCAACGUCAACGACGACAUAAUGGCACUCAAGGUCAUUGCAGAGAACACGGAUGAGACCGUGGCAGGUGACCAUCUCGGCCAGCGCAACUAG